UUUUUAAAUUUGGAACCUAUCUUUUUGCAUUAGGAAGGAUUCUGUCAGAUAAACCUCUCUAAACAUUUGUUGCUAAUGGCGGCUGUUUCAACUCACUCAUUCAACAGUACUCUCAAUAGACCUUCCAUUUCUCUCUAUUCCUCUUCUAUUCCCCAUUUAGGUGUUGUUGGGUUUUCAACUUUGAAACCAAAUUUGCCACAGCUUUCAAAUAAUCCCAAAACAGUAGUUGGAGUAGUUUCUGCCAUUGGAAAACAUGCAAAUGAAGACCAAUCUGUCACAACUCUCGACUCUUCCACCACACAAAUGGUUCGGCGCCAUACUAUUCAAGUGUUUGUUGGUGAUGAAAGUGGAAUGAUCAAUCGUAUUGCGGGCGUCUUUGCUCGAAGAGGGUACAAUAUUGAGUCUCUUGCUGUUGGUCUAAACAAGGACAAGGCUCUUUUUACUAUAGUGGUUUCUGGAACUGAAAGGGUGUUACAGCAAGUUAUGGAACAGUUACAAAAGCUCGUAAAUGUGAUCAAGGUUGAAGAUCUAUCCAAGGAGCCCCAAGUUGAACGUGAGCUAAUGCUUAUCAAAAUCAGCUCGGAUCCAAAAUAUCGUGCAGAGGUUAUGUGGUUGGUGGACGUUUUCAGGGCAAAAAUUGUGGAUAUUUCUGAUCAUUCACUGACUAUUGAGGUAACUGGAGAUCCAGGGAAGAUGGUGGCUGUUCAGAGGAACUUAAGUAAAUUUGGAAUUAAAGAAAUUGCUCGUACUGGGAAGAUUGCCUUAAGAAGGGAAAAGAUGGGGGAAUCUGCUCCUUUUUGGCGGUUUUCAGCAGCAUCAUACCCAGAUCUUGAAGGUGCGAUGUCUGCUAAUACGGUUUUGAGGACAACCAAGAGGACUCCUAAUGCAGAAUCUAUGUCUAUGGCUGAGGGAGAUGUUUAUCCUGUCGAGACAGAUGACAACUCUGGAGUCAGUCAAGUUCUUGAUGCUCACUGGGGUGUUCUCAAUGAUGAAGAUACAAGUGGCCUAAAUUAUUAUAGAGCCUGA